CUCCAACAAGGAAGAGGUUCAAUUUCUCAUAUGGCAAGAAGAACCACUUUCACGGAGGGAAUGGUACGUAGAAGAUGGAAAUAAACCAAAGCUAGACUGAGCAGAAGCUGCUGUUGUUGCUCCUUAAUAUAAGGAAUUAAGUAUACCACAUACCACAAUAAAAGAUGUACCAACAGACGGCACACCACGACGACGAGCAUGCCCGCGAAAACCGCCCGGGGUGGAUCAUCGUCACGGUCACGCGCCUGCUGCUGCAGCUCGCAGCUUGCGCUGUGCAGUAUGCCGUGAUUCACCUGUUGUUUCUUUCCAAAGCCGGCCAGGACGUGCAGAAAAACAAGAUGGACAGAUUCUUCUAUUACGGCACCGCGGUCGCGGUUUGGGUCACCGCGCCCAUCGUCUGCCUGAUCGCGCACAACGCACACCAGAUCCGUUGUUGUUUCUUGCUGAAGCUGCUGACCGCGAUGAUGGCGGCCCUCGCCGUGGCCUACGAGACGGAGUGGCUCGGCACUUGCUUGAAAGACGCGAUCAACAGUAUGGGGGCGUCAACGUUGUAUUUGCCUCAGACCGUAAAAAAAAUUCUGCGCGCAUUUUUUCGCGGCGCAAAGCUAGUAAACCUGUGCACGCUAGUGAGGGGCUGACUUGAACGCGGUUUGUUUUACCUAGCUUGUCAGCAACAGUGCUCUAGUAGGUAAGUGGGUAUUGACGCGAAGGAGGGCGGGGCGCUGGGGGUUCUUCUGUGGCUGAUGUUUUCACCUAGAAAACGCCGGGCGCGCGCAAUAUUUUGCUCCGUUUUCCGGAUUCGAUUGCUCUCUCCGUGCAGCUAUUUGCCGCUAUGGCCUGGGUCAGCGUGUGAGGCUGGAAACGCCCCGCGAGAUGUCUACACAGGCCCCGGCCUCGUCGUCUCUAGCAGGCACCACGCACACACGUUGGCCGCGAAGGCCCUUCCGGAGCCCUUCCAAAAAGGGGGGGCCGGAGGGGUGCCCGGAACCCUAAAAAAAAGCCUAUUGCUUUUUCUUCGAAUCACGAUGGUGCUACCCCUCCCCAAAAGGGGCCCCGGAACCCCUCUGGGAACCCUUCCCGAAAGGCUCUCGGGCUUUUCGCAUUUUGCCGAAAAAGCCGCAAAGGCAAAAUGCGCGCGCGCCUGCCGGUACACGCGUGCACAGCUGCGCGACAUUAGAAACAAGGGGAGGCGCAGCCGCGGCCGGUUCCGUUUGCGCCCUCGACUCCGACCGACUUGCACAGAGUGAGGCCCAUUGUCUAGCGGCUGGACUGCAAGAGGACCUGCUGCAGCACCUCCAGGCUGCAGGGGCGCUCCGAGGCAAGUCCGCGGAGCAGCAGCGCCGGAUAGCUCCGUCUUUAGGCACUGAGAAGCGCUGCGAAUAGGCUAGCUAGUUCAUUAGGUGUGCAACAUAGUGGGGGGCUAUACGUGUGCAAUAUGAUGGAUAUCAAAUACAAAAAAAGGCGCGCGGAAAAUUUUUUACAGCUUGAGGCAAAUACAAGUUUGAAGGACGCGAUCAACACGGAGCGAAUGAAGGCGGCGAUCGUUGCGAAACACAAACUGGAGGACGCCGGGGCAUCGGUUUUCAACGCGACCCGGCCCUUCGAGAUUUUCACAAUCAUUUUGGAAAUCUUGACCAUCAUCCAGAUCACGGUCGCCGCAAACUGCGGGUACCGCGACAAAAUCCACGAUCUGCGGAUAUGACAGUGCACAACUCCCCCUCCCCCUCAUUUCUAUAGCAUGAACGGCAAGACAAGCAUCAGCAAGAAUGCGGGUUUUGCAUGACAAAUUUACGACUGGAUUGUAGUGCUAUUUUGGUCACCUUCACCAGAACUUGUCAUGCAAAUAGUGCCAUAAGGCAGCGACUGUAUUCGGGCUUUAGCUGCGCAGUCUGUUAAGCAUGACAAAUGAGGGGGAGGAGCAGGAGUUGUGCAGUCUCAUAGCGGAAACACGACGGGUACAAGGGGGUGUACGUUUCCGGUGCGCAACCGAAGCACGGGUUUAAUCCGAUCUUGUACUACGGGGGAAAUGAAUAUGGAUGUGUCAGAGUGGCAAUCGACAAAGUUGAAAUAACUUGUAAUGCAUAAAAUCGAUGCCAGUUACAAGCCCAAUUUCUAAGCGGCGCAUGACAAAUUUGAGUAGAGCCGAAAUCCAGUUUGUAAUGCUGUUUGGGUAAGGGAGAAGCCUUUUUCCAUGCUACUUUAGCAGCUCUAUUUCUCCCCCGAAACAGGCUCACGAUCUGCCUCCCUUGCCUAUUCUGCAAGACAGGCAUUUUCUGCGUUGCAUUUUAUGCAUGACAAACUAUUUCAACUUUGACGAUUUCAAAACUGACACUCCCAUAAUGGAAAUCUGGAUGAAUUUUCAGACUCGGAUGACGAGUAUGAGGAAGACGAACCGCAGGAAGUCAAGAUUCUGAUCAAUAAGAACACGAUAGCGAAGAAGAAUCUGAGUCAACACCAAGGAGCUCCUGCUCGGGUAGAACUUCUUGCACAACACCAGAACAUCCACUCGGAAGAUGUUGUUGAUCCAGCUGAUCAUGCGCUGAAAACCUGCAGCACCGGGGGCAUGCCGAUAGCGCGCGCCGCACCGAAAAAGACGGUCUCGUUUGCAAGGAGGAUUGCGUCGUGGAGCAAGGUGCGUCCAGAUGAGGAGGUUGACCCUGCCUUGCUAGUCAGUCCGGAGCUGUGAAGCGGAGACAGGGUCGUGGUCGAGUUCUUCUCCAAGUAGUGGUAAGAAGAGUUAUGGUUCAAGGACAACAGCUGGCUCGUAUUUUUCAGCCCGGACUUAGCUUGCUUCUAAGAAAUUAACGUGACUGUACAGUAGAGCUGCCGCAAGACAGAGGCAAUCAAUCGAGGUUGCCAGCUGACUACAGGCAAUCAAAUUCCGAAAAUCUCUUGUUGCACUCGCUGAAGAAAUUAAGUUGUGUCUGACAACAAUGUCUAUCUAUGGCCUGUAUUCUAAUGUUUGUGUUUUUGAAAAGUUUUCAGCAAACAAAUUCUGUAAGUUCACCUUCAUCACGCACCGCCUUGGUAACAUCUUUUUGCGAAAUUAGGAAGGAAAUUAGAAGCUUGUACAUAGUUGUCACUUCUGGCAUUGACGGUCUCGGCAGCCAAGAAAUCAUAAUCAAACUGUAACUCUAAUCUUUGCUGGCGUGAUUUGAUCCAUUGAAAUUGGUAUACGAAAAACUACAACUACUUGUCGCGGCGCAAAACGGUUUUGAGCGAUAUCGAGCGUCAAGAUUUUGAAGGAGUUUCCUGAUGCUCGCACCCAUGUUCCUCAUCAGAAAAGACGAUAUAGCGUUUUAGUCGUGCUUACGAAUAUCGCUUCUCGUUCAACGAAAAAUAUAUACAAGUCGGUUUGAGGUCGUACAAAGCCAAUGACUCUGUGGCCAGGUUUUUUCGUACUUAACGGAGGAUUUUUCGUGCAACAAAAGCAGACAGAGAGCUGAAAAAAAGACCACCCAACUAUGCGGAGGUUAAAGCAGUGUCAAAAAAUCGGCAGUACCAACAUGAACAAAGCUGCGUAUCUAUGAACCACCAUGUUCAUCAGUAACAGUAUCACACCAGAAGUUGCAACGAAUAAACCACUUGAAAAUAAAACCACG